CAAUUUUGCAAUGACAUCCAUUUUGGAAUGCAAGGAAGCAAUUCUUGUGCACUUUAAACAAUCGUACCAAAAAACACAUCCCCUACCAAAGAAACAAACAUACACCAAGAAUUCCGCCAUCGAAAGGAUAAUAGAAAAUGCAAAUAAGGAAACAGACCGCUCCCAUCUCUGAUACUCCUGAUCAAAUAUUGUUCCCAACAACAAAAUAACACCCAACUAACGAUUACGCAUUACAUAUGAAACCUUCGGAGAUCACCAGAGAAAUUCGCCGCCACCUUUUCUCUCCUCCCUUAUCCCUCGUACUCUUCGGGCUCCUCCUCGUACUCCCCUUCAUCAUCCGCAGUCGCAUCCUGGUACUGCUGGUACUCUGCCACCAGAUCAUUCAUGUUGCUCUCUGCCUCAGUGAACUCCAUCUCGUCCAUCCCUUCCCCGGUGUACCAAUGCAAGAAGGCCUUCCUCCUAAACAUAGCUGUGAACUGCUCGCUCACCCUCCUGAACAUCUCCUGGAUGGAAGUCGAGUUCCCGACGAAAGUGGAGGCCAUCUUCAACCCCCUGGGUGGGAUGUCGCACACAGAUGACUUCACGUUGUUGGGGAUCCACUCAACAAAGUAGGACGAGUUCUUGUUCUGGACGUUGAUCAUCUGCUCAUCAACUUCCUUCGUGCUCAUCUUGCCACGGAACAUGGCUGAAGCAGUCAGGUAUCGGCCGUGGCGAGGGUCAGCAGCGCACAUCAUGUUCUUGGCGUCCCACAUUUGCUG